AUGGUCGGCGUUGGAGCAGCGCGGCGGAGCUGGGCGGCCGCGGUGGUGGUGCUGCAGGCGGCCUGGGCGCUGGUCGGCGGGCAGGUGCGGUACUCGGUGCCGGAGGAAGCCGAGGCCGGCACGGUGGUGGGGCGGCUGGCGCAGGACCUGGGCCUGGAGGCGGGCGAGGCGGAGGCGCGGCGGCUGCGUCUGGUGGCGCGGGGCCGGCGGGCGAGCGUGGAGGUGAGCGGGGCGAGCGGGGCGCUGGUGGUGAGCUCGCGGCUGGACCGGGAGGAGCUGUGCGGGAAGAGCGCGCCGUGCGCCCUGCGUCUGGAGGUGCUGCUGGACCGGCCGCUGCGCGUCUUCCACGUGGAGGUGGAGGUCACCGACAUCAACGACAAUGCCCCGCGCUUCCCCACCGCCUACAAAAACAUCAGCGUCCCGGAGAACUCCCCUCCCGGUUCUCGUUUCCCUCUGGAGGGCGCGUCGGAUGCGGAUAUCGGUUCGAAUGCGCAGGUCUCCUAUACACUGAGCCCCUCCGAGCACUUCGCGCUGGAAGUGAAAUCUAUAGAUGACAACAAAAUCUCUGUAGCUUUGAUUUUAACGCAUCCUCUGGACCGCGAGUCGCUGUCCGAGCACCGCUUGGUGCUGACGGCGAGUGACGGGGGCAGGCCGGCGCUGACGGGCACGGUGCAGCUGGUGAUCUCGGUGCUGGAUGCGAACGACAACGCGCCGCAGUUCAACCAGUCGGUGUAUAAAGUGCAGCUGCUGGAAGACGCCGCGCCGGGAACACUCCUUCUGCAAAUAACUGCAACAGACAAAGACGAGGGGAUUAACCAGGAAGUCUAUUAUGCCUUUUCAGACACAGUUCCUGAGGACGUGAAGGAAUUAUUUAUAAUUGAUGGAAUAUCUGGGAAAAUGAGAACAGCAGGAGAACUGGAUUUCGAAGAUGUUCGAUCAUUCGACCUCGAAGUAGAGGCGAGAGAUAACGGCAUUCCUCCCUUGUCAGGACACUGCAAGGUUGUGGUGGAGGUGUUGGAUGUGAACGACAACGCGCCAGAGGUGUGGGUGACGUCGCUGUCGGUGCCGGUGCCCGAGGACGCGGCGCUGGGGACGGUGGUGGCGCUGCUGAGCGUGUCGGACCGGGACUCGGGGCCGAACGGGCGGGUGCGCUGCGCGGUGCGGCCGCCGUCGCCGUUCGGGCUGGUGGCGACGUUCGCGGGCUCGUACUCGCUGGUGCUGCGGGAGGCGCUGGACCGGGAGCGGGUGUCGGAGUACGAGGUGGAGGUGCGUGCGGAGGACGGCGGGGCGCCGCCGCUGCGCGCCAGCCGCGGGCUGCGGGUGCCGGUGUCGGACGUGAACGACAACGCGCCGGCGUUCGCGCAGGCCGUGUACACGGUGCUGGCGCGGGAGAACAACGCGGCGGGCGCGGAGCUGGCGCGGCUGUGGGCGCGGGACCCGGACGAGGCGGGCAACGGGCGCGUGAGCUACUCGGUGGCGGAGGGCGGCGCGGGCUCGGGCUCGGGGUGGCGUCCGGCGUCGAGCUACGUGUCGGUGGACGCGGAGAGCGGGCGCCUGCGUGCGCUGCGUCCGCUGGACUACGAGGAGCUGCAGGUGCUGCAGUUCGAGGUGCGGGCGGUGGACGCGGGGGAGCCGCCGCUGUGCGGCAACGCCACGGUGCAGCUGUUCGUGGUGGACGAGAACGACAACGCGCCGGCGCUGCUGCCGCCUGCGGGCGGCGGGCCGUGGCCCUGGGCUGCGGGCGAGGCGGCGGAGCCGGGGUCGCGGCCGCCGGGCUCGGCGGGUUCGGCGGUGUCGUCGGGCUCGGCGGUGUCGUCGUGGUCGCUGUGGGCGCGGGCGUCGUGGGGCGCGCCGGCGGGGCAGGUGGUGGCGAAGAUCCGCGCGGUGGACGCGGACUCGGGCUAUAACGCGUGGCUGCGCUACGAGCUGCGGGAGCCGCGGGGCGAGGGCCCGUUCCGCGUGGGGCUGUACAGCGGCGAGGUGAGCACGGCGCGGGCGCUGGAGGAGGCGGACGGCCCGCGGCAGAGGCUGCUGAUCGUGGUGCGGGACCACGGGGAGCCGCCGCGCUCGGCCACGGCCACGCUGAGCGUGUCGCUGGUGGAGGGCGCCGAGGCGGCGCUGGCGGCGGUGGGGGCGGUGUCGGUGUCGGCGGGGGCGGGGCUGCGGCCGGCGGCGAGCGCGGAGGGCGGAUCUGCGGCGUCGGGAGCGUCGGCGGCGACGAACUUGUGGCUGGUGGUGGCCAUCUGCGCGGUGUCGAGCCUGUUGGUGCUGGCGGUGGUGCUGUACGGGGCCGGGCGCUGGGCGCCGCGGGCGGCGGUGCUGGCGGGGCCCGGUCCGGCGACGCUGGUGUGCGCCAGCGAGGUGGGCAGCUGGUCGUACUCGCAGCGCCAGAGCCGGAGCCUGUGCGUGGCCACGGACGGCGCGGGCAAGAGCGACCUGAUGGUGUUCAGCCCCAACUGCCCUCCGGCGCCCGGCCCCGCGCCGAAGGAGACGCCGCAGGAGCCUCCCUCUCUUCUGGACACGCCAAAACACCCCAAUCCUGACUGGCGCUACUCCGCGUCCCUAAGGGCGGGAAUGCAAAGGGUGCUGUGCAUAUGGAGGAGGCAGGGAUCUUACGUGGAGGACCAGGAGGGCCUGACCAGCAGUGGCCAACAGUCUCCAGUGCUACUCCAGCCUGAGGCAGGAGAGGUGUCCCCCCCGGUGGGAGCUGGUGUGAACAGCAACAGCUGGACCUUUAAAUUUGGACCCAGCAAUUCGAAACAAGGUGGUCCUGGUGAGUUGCCAGACAAAUUCAUUAUCCCAGGAUCUCCUGCAAUCAUCUCCAUCCGGCAGGAGCCACCAAACAGCCAAAUUGACAAAAGUGACUUCAUAACCUUUGGCAAGAAGGAAGAGACCAAGAAAAAGAAGAAAAAGAAGAAGGGAAACAAGACUCAGGAGAAAAAAGAAAAGGGCAACAGCACCACUGAGAACAGUGACCAGUGA